AUGGGCUCACCUCUCGUCGCUGCUAAAAAGCAGCUGCGGUCUGUCAUGAAGGACAGGCUCGCCGGCAUUGCGCAUGAGUCCAUCAUGAGCCAGAGUCGAACUGUUUGCGAGACCCUAAAAUCAUUCAAACCAUAUUUGGAGGCCCAAAGGGUUAGCGUCUUCCUCUCUAUGCCGUCUGGCGAGAUCCAAACAGACGACAUUGUACGUCACGCGCUUUCAGCUGGCAAGCAGGUGUACGUCCCAUAUCUGCACAAGUCGCCUUUUCCUCCCGGGGAGACACCGCCCAGGGUCAUGGAUAUGGUGCGCUUACGCGACCUGCGGGACUACGAGUCGCUGCAGCCGGACAAAUGGGGAAUUCCCAGCAUCGACCCGGCCACCGUCAACCAAAGAGACCGCGUUCUCGGCGAGCCUGGCUCGGAGUCGCCGGAGACCUGCUUCUUGGAUCUCGUGUUGCUGCCGGGCGUUGCCUUCGACAUCGACGGCCAGUCGGGUUCACUGCGAAGACUAGGUCACGGAAAGGGAUUCUACGAUCUCUUCGUUCGACGGUACGCAGCAAAGUACAACAAGCCGCCGGCAGCGGCACACCCUGUAUUGCUCUAUGGCUUGGCUCUCUCGGAGCAGUUUCUCUCCCAGCCCUCAGAUAGCGCAGUUCCCGUGGCCCAACACGACCAACCGCUCGAUGGCCUGGUCUUGGGCAGCGGAGAGGUCAAGCAGCCGGCAGACAGCUCCCGUAACAACUAG